AUGUCAGCAAAACUUUACAGUACUGCUAUCGCUCUAGAAUGUAUGCAGUGCGAUAAAAAUGCUGCCUGGUACUCGGAAGAGGAGCAUGAGCGACAUAUUGAGCUUUGCCAAAAUGGUUUGGUACCACCGACGUUGUGUAGAAACCAUUCACACACGCACUGCAUAGUCAGCUGGUACAGAAGUGGAGACAGUAAAGAGAAAGUGGUCACCGAAAGGAAAUGUGGAGGACCAGAAGACAUUACCGGGUGCACGCUCUACAACUCUAAAAUCAGUAGAAAGGUCCGUCAUCCGCUUUCGAAAGACGAAACCACUAAUGUGGUACGCAGAGAAACUUCCACUUUAUUCGUUGAGGUAUGCAGUGAAUCCUGCCCCUAUGGAAGCUGCUUGAAUUCGUUUUCCGCGAAUAGAGCAGCCAGUUUGGCUACGAUUUUACUCGUCUAUUUGCUGAGACUGUAA